GAGUGGUUCCUGGUUAGCUAGCUAUGACACUGAUCUCAGACUCAGAUGUUCCACUCCACUCUGUCCAUUUCUCUCUCUGUCAGUCAGCUACGUCCAAUAUCGUCAUGGAAACUCUCCUGUUCUGGGACCUGGUGUCUGUGGUCAUCAUGCUGUUCCUUGUCUCUACAGAGUCAGCAGGUGACUCAACAAAAUAUCUGACAAAUAAAUCAGCUUCUUUGGGAGAAAUUGUUACUUUGGUUUGCAAUAACUCAGAGACGAAUGCAUCAUACAUCUGGAAGAAGGACACAGUUCUCAUUUUCUCUCAUAGUGAGACACUGAAUAAAACUGAAAGAAAAAUCACCUCUGGCAGGAUGAGUGUUGAUUCAUCUACAAAGCUGACUAUCCUUAAUGUACAACUAAAUGACACCGGGAGCUACAGCUGUCAAAUAACAGAUGAUCAAAGUGGUGUACGGACAAUGGAGUGGAAUAUGACCAUCACUAAUAACCUCACAGCUCAUGCUGAACAUGGCCUACGGAGGUUAUUGCUCUUCACAAUUCCAUCUGCUAUUGGAGGAGUGGUUCUCUGCAUGAACAUCUGCUGUAUGGUCUGGCUGUGUAGGAAACAAAAACAGGAACAGACAAGUCAUUGUGAUAGGCAAGGAGAGGAGAGCAAUGCCCAGUCUGAUGGUCACACUACCAGAAGAGAACAACACCAGUGGAGUCAAUACUUUGAAAGACUCAACUCAGUCUAUGGACAGUAGUAAUCACACAGCAGGUACUUAACAUGCCAAAAAAGAGUCAAGUAUCAUAGACGGGUUAGCUGACAAGGUCACAAAAACAAAGCGCAUUCUUCAAUGAGGCAGAAGUCCAUGUGUAGUUGUUAUUCUGGAUGACCAGAUAACUAGCAACAUUGACAAGAAGCUGCCAUGUGGGAUUCUUAGGUGGUUCGUUUCAGCUUGUUGUGUCUAGUUAGUGAUACUGUGAUGGAACAUUUUCUGUUAGUGUUUUUCUAAUAACCAAUUUCUGUGCUCAUGCAAGUGACUGAUUGAACGUGCAGAGGAGGAAUCCUCACUAUCAGCAUGCAAUUUGGCAGUACCCCCAGAACCGUGUUUUGAGCACUAAAGGGAUAUCUUAGUUUCAAGGUCUCAGCUUGGAGAGAGGAAGCCUCUUAAGGUAUUGGUCGGUCACAUGCAUGAACCAAACGUUAAUGAUUAAUUAAUUGUGAAUAAUGAAUAAGCUAAAUCAUGCAAAUAUAACUUGUCUGUGUGAGCAGUAUAUGAGAGAACUAACAGGACUGGACCGGUUAAGCUCUAUUCAGACCGACACUUUAUGCAUCUAAGUUUGACUGGGACAUCUACAGCGUGCUCUAAAUAAACAAUGAUUCAUUUAAGAUUGACUUCGAGUGUCCCUGUGUAGAAUUUCCAUGACAAUGCCAUAUCUUGUUUUGAGGUGUUUUGACUGAUGUCACAUCUAUGCUAAUAUGGCAAAAAUGUGCUAGCUAGCUAAACAACAACUGUAACAGCGUAUUUGAGAGACAACAAGUGCUCAAUGUGCAAACGUAUUUAUGUUUCCAAUGGUAACACUUUACUUGACACCCAGCGAGAAAUUCAGGUGUACAUAUAUGGGUCAUGACAGUGUUAUGGCCAUAUAAUGACAGGAUAUGACAAGUUAUGUCAGUUGAUAUGACAUAUUAUGAUAUGGUUAUGAGCGUGUCAUAACACUGUCAUGACCCAUAUGUACACCUGCGGGAUCAUCUGAGACCAGCUAUCCGGGCAGCUGAUGAGACUGAGGAGUAUUUCUGUCUGUAAUAAAGCCAUUUUGUGGGGAAAAUAUAAUUCUGUUUGCCUAGGCCUGGCUCACCAGUGGAUGAUUGCCCUCCCAGGCCCACCCAUGACUGUGCCCCUGCCCAGUCAUGUGAAAUCCAUAGAUUAGGGCAUCAUUAAUUUAUUUAAAUUAAUUGAUUUUCUUAUAUGAAUUGUAACCCAGUAAAAUCGUUGGCAUUGUUGCAGGUUGUGUUUAUAUAUUUUUUCAGUAAUACCUUAUUUCAGUCAUCAGUCAAAGAGAAGGUGUAUUGUCCUGCUCCUGAAAUCUGCUCCUGCAUUCAUCCCAGUCAUCAGCAACAGAGCAUUGGAGUAGGUGCAUGUCUGACAUCAAUUUGUGCACAAUUACAAUGAUCAUUUAAUAUUGUCAAUUUCAGAAAAUUGUAUAUAACAAACAUACUGUUGACAAUGAAUCUAUGGUGUAAUGGAAUUUGUUGCCUUGUGUGGUAGGUGUUGUGGGUUUUAACACUCUUAUGUAGGUGUCAUAACCAGCCAUAAACACAAUACACACAAUAUAUGUCUCACAACAGGUCUAAAUAUGUGUCAUGACAGUUAUGACCAUAUUAUGACAGGUUAUGACAAGGUAUGUCAGCUGUUAUGACAUAUGAUAAAAUAGUUAUGACUGUCAUACUGUGUUAUGAUGCUGGGUGUCAACUAAAGUUUUUCCUUUUCUGUAAACAUUGAAGACUAAAAAUAGUUUACAUGUGGUCAACAGUCUAAGGCAACCUGUCUGUUUUGGCCCAUAGUUUUGCACAAGUCGGUUUUGCUAAUAAAAAAAACAAGAAAAGCAUCAGAACACCACAUUUGACGCUUUACACUUUACAAGUUUGAACUUAGUUUUCUUAUUAAACUUUUUACAAUAAUAACACAACAUUUAUGGUUCAUUGUAUUUGCUUUUACUUUAUUUAAGAUGUUAAUAACUAGCAGGUUUCUGGAUAGCAGUUUAAGGCCAAGGUAAAAUUAUUUUCAUGUUGGAUAUUCAUUUCUCUUAUCAAUAGCUAUUGAACCAAGAAUGCCAUGACUUUGAAAAUGUUAUAUUCUGAAUCAGGGGACA